AUGAACCUGUCAACCCUAAUGGCGCUGAAUUCGAUUCUCACCCUCGGACCAUAUAAACACAGGAAGGACCUCACGCGAGAGUCAGUACUCUCGAAGUAUGAGAUAGUCGGUUAUAUUGCCGCAGGAACCUACGGUAAGGUCUACAAAGCUCGGUCCAAGCUUAAAGAUAAACGCAAACCCGAAGACGAUAACCUCGUCGAGCAGCCAGUACAACAACUUUUCGCCAUCAAGAAGUUUAAAAUCGACAACAACUCGCUCCUGAAGAACAGCCAUUUGACCAUUGAUGGCCAGGAAGUCCUCAACUAUACGGGGAUACUGCAGAGUGCCAUUAGAGAGAUGUCCCUAUGCAAGGAGAUCACCAAUAAGAACGUCAUCAAAUUGAUCGAUAUCAUCCUUGAAAACAAAAGCAUCUAUAUGAUUUUUGAGUACUGUGAACACGAUUUGCUCCAGAUCAUUCAUAACCAUUCACAUCCCGAACUCAAACCUAUUCCACUAAAGAAUGUCAAGUCGCUCAUCUGGCAAAUUUUGAACGGAGUGCUAUUUCUUCACAAAAAUUGGAUUUUCCAUCGAGAUUUGAAACCAGCCAAUAUAAUGGUCACCAACUAUGGUACCGUCAAGAUCGGGGAUUUAGGACUCGCCAGAAAGUUCAAUAACCCGCUUCAGAGCUUGUACACGGGUGAUAAAGUGGUGGUGACGAUCUGGUACCGAGCACCUGAACUUUUGAUGGGGGCUCGCUAUUAUACACCUGCAAUUGACUUGUGGGCAGUGGGAUGUAUUCUUGCAGAAUUGCUUAGUCUUCGGCCCAUCUUUAAGGGAGAGGAAGCUAAGUUUGACAUCAACAAUAAGAAGCUGGUGCCUUUCCAAAAAAACCAGUUUCUCAAGAUCAUAGAGAUAUUGGGAGUUCCCAACGAAAAGGACUGGAGCAAUUUGAGUAAUUACCCCGAAUAUUACAGUUUCAAGCAGAUGGCAGAAAGCUACACCGGAAACACCAACUCUAACCUACUCAAUUGGUACAAGCUUGUGGGAGGCAACAACAAACUCUGUUAUAAGUUGCUUGAAAGCCUUUUGUUGUAUGAUCCAAGUAAGCGGAUUACUGCUGAAAACGCAUUGAUGCACGAGUUCUUUAUGGAAGCUCCAAAGGUAGACGAGAAUGCCUUUGACGGACUACAGUUCAAGUACCCUAAACGGAGGAUAUUCACUGAAGACAAUGAUAUUGUGUCGAACAAUAUCACCAAGAGAGUUACUAAUGACGAUGGCAUGAGAAAGAAAAUCCGCCAGUAA